UUUCCCCCACACAACAAUAUGGCGUUCAGGGAGAGGAGGAGCGGUGUAGUACGAGUCCAAGACACAAACUUCCGCUUUUUCAACGUUGUAAGACGCCAUAAGAGGGCACUCUACUACGGCAUUAAAAAGUGUUGUCCGUACGGCAUGCCUAGGAAGCGGCCGAGGCUCUCCCCGCGGGCAUGCAGUGUCUUGCCGGGGAGCUUGGCGACGGAAAGCACGGAGCAGACUAGUCAGAGCACGACCAUACUGGAACUCCCAACCGAACUGCUUAUAAAUAUAUUCAAGUACUUCCCGUACGAGGCAAGUUGUGGGAUGCGGCUGGAACAAGGGCUCCCCCAGCUGGUGCCUAACCCGCCGUCGUGCUCGCCAGGUGAUCUCCAAGCACCUUCGCGCCGUGCACUCCCGCUUCCGGCUGGCGGGCUGCUGCGCCCUCAACUCAGCGCUUCUCGCCCUCGGCGGCCGGCUGCAGCGCACCAUGGCAGCCCUGGAGCUGCUGCUGCAGAGCCAGGACCAGGCCGCCGAGCUGAGGACGGCCGCGGCAGCCUUCAACUUCCUGGAGAACCUCCAGUGCCAGGUGCGGAGCCGUGCGGAGCCGCCUGGCCGUGGCCUCCCGCCGUCGCCCUCCUAGCCUGACCGUCGUGACCGCCCGCUGCACACAAGCAGCACCGCCUGCUGCUCGCCGUGACGGGGCGGCUGCUGGACCCGGCCUCAGGCCGCUGCCUCUACGACGGCGCCCUCCUGGACGAGAUGCUACACCAGCUCAACCUGGCCGUCACGGACCCCGCGCGGCUCGUGGGCCAGCACUGCGUGCACGGCGUCAACGAGCGCAUGCGCCGCUUCAUGGACCACUUCGAGAAGGUGCUGGAGAUGCCGACCGAGCCCGGAUGGCUCCCGGGGGCCAAGGCGCUGGACGUGCUGGACUGCGCCCUGGACGUGCGGCGCCGCGUGCUCAAGGAGGCCGUGGAGGUCGGCCCGGCGGGCGGCCGCCUGCUGCACCUGCGCCUGCGCUACAGCAUGCCCAGGGCCUACUUCGUGGCGCUGCCGCUCGGCGAAGAGGUCUCGGAGGCGUCUCGAGCGCCUCAGAAGGGCGGUGCUGGCGGCGGCAGCAGCAGCAGGGACUCGAGGGAGGAGCGGCGUCUCGUCUUUCUGCGCCUGCGCAGACUGGUGCAGCACCACAACGAGUACACGCUGCAAAAGCUGCACCGCGACCGGGAGGAGGCACUGUGCGGCCGCGUCUCGUCCAUGGUUCUGCCGACGUCCUUCGCCGGCUACGGAGAGAGCGGCGGCCGCUUCUUCUACUACGGCAACCUGAACGAGGGCGCCUACGACUUCUGCUCGCCCCUAACAGGCGCCCCCGCCGAACCCGUGAACCCGCCGGCAACGUACGCGUUCGUCGUAGCGGGUCAAGGAGGAGGAGGAGGUCAGCCAGCAGCGCAGCAGGGGAAUCUUUGGGCAACCAUCGAACUUAAAACUUGCGCCGUGCCGCAGAAGCCUCUGAUUUUCUAA